UUUGCUCAUUUUCUUACCACACGGGUUCGCAUGCAUUUUUCCGUAUACAAUUCAUUCCCUGAAUCAGCCGCCGCCACUGCCGCCCGGAAUCCUAUUUCAGAAAACUUUCACUCAUCAGCUGCCGCGUCGCCUGACCCCUAGCAAGCUGCGCCGCCUCGUUUUUGCCCAACUCCUCAAGCUGCGACUUCAAAGACGUUUGUUUGCAGGGUCAAUUAGGUGUAUGAUGAAAUGCCCCAAUGCUUUUCCCUCUGUAGCUUAGAAUCUUGAACAUAUUAUGCUUGUUUCAUGCAUAUUCAGGUUGUACAUGGAGAUGGGGAGCUGCAUCUUAGAUGGAAAUGCAGAUGCCGUGGAGUUUUGUCCCCAUGAGUCGUUCUAUAACGUGCUUGCAGCUUCCACUUACGUGCUUCAAGAGGGCGAUCAACCAAGUCGGUCAGGUUGCAUUACGCUCUUUGAUGUUGAUGCUGAAGCUGGCCGGCUCGAGUUGAUUCAGAAAGUGGAAACGGCAGGGAUUUUUGAUAUAAAGUGGAGCCCGAGGCUCUUGCAGAAUCCAGGCCGUCCUUUGCUUGCUCAAGCUGAUGCUGAUGGUUAUGUUAGGAUUCAUAGCCUGCAGGGCUCUGAUUCAGAUGGUUCAAAAAUGCAUGGGAACGGUCUAAAUGAACUUUGUGGCGAUUGUAUCAGUUCUUCCAUGUGCUUGUGCAUCGAUUGGAACUCAUCUGCUACAUCCAUGGCAGUAGGCCUUUCUGAUGGAUCAGUUUCUAUAAUCUCACUUGACGAAUCCCAACUGAACAUAUUACAAGAAUGGAAAGCACAUGACUUCGAGCUUUGGGCGGCUUCAUUUGACAUCCAACAACCAAUGCUAGUAUACACUGGCUCAGACGACUGCAAAUUCAGUUGCUGGGAUUUGCGUGAUGACCCUUCUAACUUGGUUUUCCAAAACACAAAAGCUCACACAAUGGGAAUUUGUUGUAUUGCAAAAAGCCCUAGUGAUCCUUAUACUUUACUCACAGGUAGCUAUGAUGAAUGCCUAAGGAUAUGGGAUGUCAGAUCAACUUCAAAGCCUGUAAAUGAAUCUUCAAUACGUCUAGGAGGAGGAGUGUGGAGAAUUAAGCACCAUCCAUCCACACCAGGACUAGUCUUGACUGCUUGUAUGCACAAUGGAUUUGCAAUUGUUAAAUUUGAUGGGAAUCAAGUCCAAGUUGUUGAACAAUACAACAAACAUGGUUCACUUGCGUACGGUGCAGAUUGGCAAAGAGGAGACGUAUCUGUGGUCGGGAGAAAGAAGAGUCCAGUAAUUGCUACUUGCUCAUUUUAUGAUCGGCUCCUUCAUGUAUGGACACCAGAAGGUGAUGUGUUUGUAUGAUUUACAAUUCCUUUUCACAAAAUAAAUUAAGCUAAACUUUUUUUACAACUUCUAACUGUUCCAUACAACUUUUGCAGUGAAUUUCUAACUUUUCUUGCUCUUACAUGUGAAUCUACAUCAACAUGUAGGACUUU